UAUAAGGUACACCAGUGUGGCAAGCUGUCUCUCAGAUUGCAUUUGCUUUCACGGAUCUGUUUAGUACUGAAAGGGAAAGGGGGAGGGGGAAAAAAAAGAAGGGAAAAGUGCUGCACUGAAUGUGAGAUCAUGCAAAAGCUAGUGCUCUAUGCUUCUAUUUACCUGUUCAUGCUGAUUUCGGUUGAUCCGGUGGCUCUUGAUGACAGUAGUCAGCCCACAGAGAACGCUGAAAAGGACGGACUGUGCAAUGCUUGUACGUGGAGACAGAAUACAAAAUCUUCCAGAAUAGAAGCCAUAAAAAUUCAAAUCCUCAGCAAACUGCGUCUGGAACAAGCUCCUAACAUUAGCAGGGAUGUUAUUAAACAACUUUUACCCAAGGCUCCUCCACUGCAGGAACUGAUUGAUCAGUAUGAUGUGCAGAGAGAUGACAGUAGCGAUGGCUCUUUGGAAGAUGAUGACUAUCAUGCCACCACCGAAACGAUUAUCACAAUGCCUACAGAGUCUGAUUUUCUUGUACAAAUGGAGGGAAAACCAAAAUGUUGCUUCUUUAAGUUUAGCUCUAAAAUACAAUAUAACAAAGUAGUAAAAGCACAAUUGUGGAUAUACUUGAGGCAAGUCCAAAAACCUACAACGGUGUUUGUGCAGAUCCUGAGACUUAUUAAACCCAUGAAAGAUGGUACAAGAUACACUGGAAUUCGAUCUUUGAAACUUGACAUGAACCCAGGCACCGGUAUUUGGCAGAGUAUUGAUGUGAAGACAGUGUUGCAAAACUGGCUCAAACAGCCUGAAUCCAAUUUAGGCAUCGAAAUAAAAGCUUUUGAUGAGAACGGACGGAAUCUUGCUGUAACUUUCCCAGGACCGGGGGAAGAUGGAUUGAACCCAUUUUUAGAGGUCAGAGUCACAGACACACCAAAACGGUCCCGCAGAGAUUUCGGUCUCGACUGUGACGAGCACUCGACAGAAUCCCGAUGUUGCCGCUACCCACUGACGGUGGAUUUCGAAGCUUUCGGAUGGGAUUGGAUUAUCGCUCCUAAAAGAUACAAAGCCAACUAUUGCUCCGGGGAAUGUGAAUUUGUGUUUUUACAAAAGUACCCCCACACCCACCUCGUGCACCAAGCCAACCCCAGGGGCUCGGCAGGCCCUUGCUGCACGCCCACCAAGAUGUCCCCCAUCAACAUGCUGUACUUCAACGGCAAGGAACAAAUCAUCUACGGCAAGAUACCGGCCAUGGUUGUAGAUCGCUGCGGGUGCUCAUGAGAUCCUCGUCAGAUCCGCCGCUUCACAAAUCGUGGAAGCUACCAAAAAAAAAAAAAAAAGAAAGAAAAAAAAAGAGAAAAAAAAAAGAGAAAAAAUAGAAAAAGUUGUACCCCCUCACCAGUCUUUCAAACUGUGAAGUUACGUACACAAGGCAUUGCCGACCUCCUGUGUGCUACCAGCACCAGCUACAGAACGUGAACUAAGGGACAAUGUAAUUACCUGAUGGCUGCUCGUAAGCCAGCAAAAGAGAAAAGCUACAAUCAAAAAUCACCGGAUUUAAUCCACCAAGUUCUUACAUUAUGAGGGAAUCAAUAUUCAGUCAUUUGGAUGCAAAUUUAUGUGCAGAUUUCAGUACACAUUGGUAAUCAAAGGCAAGCUCCUUCUCACCUGAGGACAGAAGGCUUUUAGGUUCUUUUCUUCUCAGCUUCAUUUAUUAUCAUAUUUACAGGAACAUAUAUACUGGUAACAUAUACGCCACUACACAAUACCACCAGAUUCAUCCUUAAACACUUGAAUAUAUAGUGCAUACUUGUGAAAUGUAUCAGAUGAAAUUCCACAUAAAUGGACAAACCCUGAAAUUAGGGAUGGCAUAAUGUAUUUAGCGUGUUUCCAUUCCUUUUUCUCAUUAGUAUGUUAGUAAUCAAUGGCAAUGGUGCUACGUAAGCAGGCUGAGUAAACAGAAAGAUAGUUAUAUAAGUGAAAGAAUUUAGGCUUAAUAAUGAAUUUGCCCUAUCCUCAGGUACACUAUUCAACAUUCGCAAGAAAUAGAUAUUUUUUAAAUUAAAAGGAAUAGUUUUCUAGCCAUAGAAAAAACAGAAGGCAGCAGAUAAAUCCAACAUUAAAAUUGCAGUCCCACAUUUUAACCUGCCUUGCAACAUUACCGUUUGCACUAUGGUAAACCAAUGCAAAUAGUUGGUUGCUACAGAUAUUGUUUAAAAACCACUUUGAUAUAACUGACUUGUGUAAUAUGUAUGCAUCAAUAUUUUGUAAAUAAAUGUUUAUUUUUUAA